AUGGUCCGCCUGAUCACACAGAACCUGCUCGCGUGCCACGCCAAAGGCUGCACCUCCAACAACUUCCCGCUGUGCUUCAAGGACGUCGCGGUCGACCUCCGCGACGCCGACUUCCUCCCCGACUUCCUCCCCGGCCCCGAGUGGCCCGUGCUCGUCGAUGCCGCACGCGAGGUCCGUUGUGUUUGCUGUGACUGUGAAGGCACGCUAGCUGACCGGUUUUCUAUCCCUGUGGUACAUACACUCAUUGCCUACAGCUCGGGGAUACAUCCCUUCCCGCGGAGCAGCCAGCUCGAGAUGGUGGACGACGACUGCUUGAAGAAGGCGCACUACCUUUUGCUCGAAGUGGACCCCGUUCCUCCCUUUGACGUUCUCCACGCCCGCGCUCAACCCUAUGUCCCUUGGACUCUCCAGAUCCACGGCAAGACGGUGUGCGCAAGCUGCAGUCACGUCUACCCGCUCUCAAACGGCAUCUCGAACAUGCGCUCCCUCCUCGCACAGCUCCUCGCGGAACACGAGAUCGGCUAG